AUGGGUGGAAGUACCGCAACGUCUACGGAUUCGACAAGCAUGUCGCGUGGAACAAAGCGUAGCAUUGAACAAGUUAGUGAUAGUCUACUAUGUAACAGCCUCAAGGAUUUCAUGACUAGAAAACCCGAGAAUGUUCUUCUUACAGAUCUUCGUGGUAUAUUGAUGGACCAUUUGCUGGAAAAUAUACCGACGGAUAUCAAGUAUACGGUACUAUUUGUAUGCGAGGAGGUGCCAGAUCUACGACAGAAAGAGGUUACGUUGGCAAAGAAGACAGAUGUGGCUAUAGAGAUCCCUCUGUUGAAUGGUUUGGAGGAAGACUACCAGUUCCAUUGUCGACUAUCUGAAGGUGACAGUAUUCCACACUGUGACGCCACGCUACUCAAGAUUCCAAUGUCUAAGCAUGAUAUUGAAAGGGAGAAGCAUGCGGUUAAAAAGGCUAUGAAGAAAAAGAUUAAGAAGUUUAAGAAGAGCACGGGCGAAUAUACCAGACCUAGUGCAGAAUUCUACGUGCUGUCUGCAGAAGAGCUGAAGGUACAUUUGCCGUCGAUUCCGUUUGAAGACGCGAAAGCUGCGGCAAAUUUCGUUUCGACAAAGGCACUGCUGAAUGGUGAAACAAGAUCAGCUGAACAGCUCUUGCUAGCUCUUGACUGCGAGAUGUGUCGUACCACAAAAGGCGUCGAGCUUACGCGCGUCACACUGAUAGACGCUAGUGAAAAGGUUCUGUUGGAUGAGUAUGUGCGACCGAAGAACCCUAUUGUUGACUAUUGCACACAAUAUUCAGGCAUCACGUGUGAGAUCAUGGAGGGUACAAUCAUGCGGCUUGCAGAUAUCCAGGAGAAGUUCUUAGCUCUUGUUCCUGCAGAAGCCAUCCUGGUUGGUCAUUCAAUUGAGAAUGAUCUUCAAGCACUGCAGGUGCUGCACCGACGGGUCAUUGAUACUGCGUGCAUGUAUCCACAUCCUAAAGGACCCCCAUUUCGCUCCGCUUUAAGAUUUUUGACGAACCGGUUUCUUCGCCGUGCAAUCCAGACAGGCACGGACGGUCAUUGCAGUGUGGAGGACGCUGUAGCAACAUUACAAUUGGCACAGCUUAAGAUUAAGCACGGUCCCACGUUUCCAAGCAUCGAACACGAAUACAAGCAGAAGAAGGUGGUGAACGAGAUGGCCAUGGCUAAAAAAUCGGUCCUGAUUGUCGACUCGCAACGUUCGUGCAGGUCCCUAAGUGGUGGCGUUGCGUGCAUUAUUCCACGUGAAGAUCCUAGCGAGGUUGUGCAGACAGUCGUGCAUCAAUUAACGACGGGCUUUCCUCCGCAUCUUACGUGGGCCCGCGUACGUGGAGUCAAGCGUUCAGAGGUUGAGGCGUAUGUGCAGCAGAUUAAAGCUAAUCUGCCUGAGCACUCAUGCCUCGUAACAGUGCUUAGUGGUGAUACUAACAACCUGCGCGAGCUUCAUAAACGCCGCACAGCACGAACUGAUCCAAGGAGCUCACUUAUGUGGGACAAGAAGCAGCAAGAGUUUUUGGAUGCGGCGGCAUUAGCAGCUCAGACAGGGCUUGUACAUAUUUGCGUGCGAUAA